UAAUUGAUGAAAUUGUUAAUUCAUUUCACGAUUUAAUUGAUGAUUUUUAUGCAAUUAAAUCUUUUGCCCAAAGGAAAUAUUAUGUCUUUUCCUUUCUUAUGACAAAGAGAAUCGUUGCUCAACCAAAAAAGGUCUUCCAAAGAGAACAAUUCAAUUUUAGUUUUGGACGUGUAAAUAAUGUUUUUUUUUUGUAUAUAUGUUCAUCAGAUUCUCUAGGGAUGUGGUAGACCACUCGAUCUGGAUCGGAGAGCAAACCCUUCGAAAUCUGGAUCCGAGGAUCUCUUACAUGGGAGGCCGCUUGAAGCUCGAAAGCUCGAUUGUGCUUCACCGCCAACAACGGCCUCGUGGCGAUGGCUCCUUUGAAACGCCUAGCUCUCAUGGCGAGACUGCACGGAUGCCCCGACUCUGCAAGACCGCUAGUCCUCCUUCGUCGUUGCAUGUCGACGUCGGCGUGGGGAGAAUAUUGGGAUGCAUCGUCACCGUCUAAAGCGUCGGAGAAGAAGGCGCCUUCCGGAGGGAAGGAGCGCCUCGCCUCCGUCUUGGACGCCAUCCACGAGAGGAAGCUUCCCCCCGAACUCCGCGGAAGGCCGAACGCCGUCAGAUCAGAAACUGAUAUUGUAAAUGUUGUGGAACAAAGAAUAUGGCAGUCCAUGGAAGAAGGACAAUUUGAAAACUUGCCAGGAAAGGGAAAGCCUUUGAAUUUGAACUCUAAUCCUCAUGCUGAUCCGGCAGACGAUACGUUGUUCAGAAUUCUUUCCAGAAACGGAUGUGCACCAGAAUGGGUUGAACUCAACAAAGAAAUAAGGACUAAAAUUGCUGAAUGGAGAACUGGCCUAAGGAAAGCUUGGAGGAGCAGAUUAAGUGAAACUGCAUCUGAGUGGCAACAAGAGGCCGAAGUUCUGAAAAAGCAGAUGCGAACCAUCAAUGACAUGGUUUUCCGUUACAAUCUAAUUGUGCCAUUUGGUCGCCAAAUGUUUGGAUUGAGUUGGGAGAAAGAAUUGCUGCGUCUGGAGCAAUGAUUGCAAUCUGGUCACCUUUCUGUCAUUGAGCACCAAGGUUUUGAAGUUUGGAAGAGCAAAUGAAUGGACUGCAGGUCGGGUUUUAAAGGUCAGAUGGUAGUCUUUUGCACUCUUGUGCAACUGUUGUUCAUAUAAUUGAACACCCAGAUGUCCAAGUUAAUACAACAGGAUAGCGUUACAUAAAGAAACAGAAAAUUUGAGGGAGGAGAAAGGGAGAUUAUACAGUUGUUAGUCGGUAUCCGUCCUCAGUUUAGGUGACUGGGCACCGUUGCUUCUUUGUGCAUCGAGUCCAGGAGAUGAAAUCAGAUGAGUAGUUGUUCGAGAGGCUGUCAUGAUAUUAUAGGCUUGUUCUGGUUACAGUUCAAGGAAGGUUGUACUUUGUAAGUUAUGAAAUAAUGAAGAUUCCCAUGAUAUUCUUGAAAGGCA